AUUACGCUUGCUUAUAUAUUGUUGACAAAAAAAGUGCCCAAAGAGUUAUCGGCAUUAAAAUGAAGCAAACUGGUCUUUUGGCGGUCGUCGUACUAGUGCUGCCCUACGGUAACUGCAUGAAAUCCCUUAGCAUUCGUCAGAUAACAGGGAUCGCCGAAAACACAGAUCUGCCCAUCUGGGACCCAGACAGACAAGUUCUUUAUGCCGUGAACUUGAAUACGGCGAAAAUAUACCAAUGGAAUUACAAAACUGAAGACGUAACUUCCAUCAAGUUGAAACAAAAGUCUAUAGGUGCCGUUGUGUCAGUCGAAGGUAGCUCCAACGAAUUGAUAGCUCUGGGAGACCGUGACGUGUUGAAGGUAGAGUGGGACGGGAAGAAAAACGAUACCGGAAAAACCCAAAAAUUGAAGAAAAAUGGAGAUUUCGAGGAAAAAGAUGAGCCCGGGGAAGCGAAAGUUGGACCUGAUGGAAAGCUUUGGUUAGGUACUUAUCAAUUGGAAGAAGGUCCCGGUUACAAUUUUGCCAAAGGUAAAGGAUCUCUUUAUGCGUUAACGUUCCAAGGAGGCGACACCGUGACUAUCGAAAAGAAACUUUCGAAGUUGACGUACCCAACUGGCAUAGCUUUUUCGCCAGACGACAAGUACAUGUAUCUUGUGGACUAUCCGUCGAACAUCAUCCAAAAGCUCGAGUUCGACAAGGAAAAUCAUAAGCUGGGGAAGAGCGAAAAGCUGUUUGACCUUGCCGACCACCCUAGAGCCCGAGGUAAAGCUAACAACAUCGUCGUAGGGACAGCAGGCAGUUUGGGACUGAGUUUGUACAACGGAAGUGCCAUACUGGACAUCGAUGCAAGCAAGGGCAAGCUGAACGGUUUCAUUACCCUGCCGAUGCCGCUGGUCACAGGAUUGGAGUGGGGUGGGCCGAAACACAAUAUCCUCUUCGUCGGGUCCUCUACCAACUCUCUACCGAAGGAGUACUUGAGGAUAGAUGCAUUUAAUUCUGGAGCAUUAUACGCCAUCGAAAACUUAGGGAAUGUGACCGGUUAUUCAUCGAAGAAGAUUAAAAUCAAAUAAAUAUGACCUAUAAAAAUGUAGAUGAUAGCGAAUAAAACUUGCUUA